AUGGACGGGAACUUAAAUGAUCUGGGGGUUUGGGUCUCACCAUUGACCCAGUAUGACCCACUGCUGCGAUUCCGCAAGCGAUCCUUCAGGGCCUUUGGCAGGCUUGCACAAACUCCCUGCCCGCCCGUUCUCCCCACGGUUCCCGCUCUGUCUUCUUCGUCUGUUUCUUCUCAACCGCGCGUCGAUGUGACUGACCCUCUGGACUCACAAUUGCUGGUGAGCAUGGAGAGCCCUCUGCGUCCACGCAGUGAUGGCAGCGGCACGUCGCAUAUGACUAUUGCAGUGCGGGUUGUCGUGCUGACUCUGGCGAUUCCUACCACUUUGGUCUGUGUCUUGCGGUUGUACCUGCGCAAGUUUGUGACCAAGCAAUUUGGUCUGGACGACUGGCUCGUGCUUCUCGCGCUGAUCGGGGUAGAUUUGUUUUCAGCACUGGCAUACACGAUCACAUACUACGGGCUGGGCGAGCCACUGCAAAAUGUCUCCGCCGACCAGCUCGUGGUCUUUCUCACCCUGGAAUAUGCCUCGCAGUGCGCCUACCUCGUCAUCGCCGCCACCGUGAAAGCCAGUCUCCUCCUCUUCAUCAUGCGCCUGUUCCCCACCCGAUUCGUCCACCUUGUCGGUCGCUGUCUGCUGGGUUUCAUCGCCGCCUUCACCCUCUCCGGCACCCUGGCGCUGGUCUUCCAGUGCCGGCCCGUGCAGGCGGCGUACGAUAAAACCCUCACCCACGCCACCUGCUACGCCCCGGAAACCUCCUACGCGAUCCUCAUGAUGCAGGGUGUCAUCAUGUUCGUGCUGGAUGUGAUAAUCCUGGUUCUGCCCAUGAGACCUAUCUGGCAGCUGCAGAUGCCCAUGAAAAAGCGGCUGUUGGUGCUGGGGCUGUUGUGCAUUGGGUUCACCGCAUGUGUCGCGGCACUCGUGCGUUUCUCCACCCUCAAAUUCGCCAACGACACGACAAACUUCACCUACUCGGCAUCCAUGUCCCUGAUCUGGAUGGAAAUCGAGUUCAACCUCGGCCUUAUGUCGGGUUCGUUGUCCUCCUUGCGCAAGCUGUGGGGGCUCCGCUCCCUGAUCUCGAAGAGCCAGGACAGCCGGCACGGCGACUCGAGGCAAUCUGCGGCUUUUGACCUGGUUCCGCGGAGCUGGGGCCACCGCGGGAUCACGAAAAAGACGGAGAUUCUGAGGGUGGUGGAGUCGCAUGGGAGUCAGGAGCCGAUCGCUGCGACAUAG